AUGACAACAGAGACAACAAAUACACGUGUUGACGAAUUGGAGGUUGCCGAAGUCACCAAGCUCAAUGCCAUUGCUGCAGGAACCAACAAGAAGGUUCCCAGAAUUGUAGCCUCAGGAUGGGGUGGUAAGCUCAUGGGUACUGCCGACUUGGUCAAAGUGACGGCCGAGGAAAUCACAAAGGAUUCAAUGGAAUCCUUGGCUGAAAAAGAUGCUAGAGAAAAGGCCAAGUAUGCCAACAAAAAACACAUUUCAGAAGAACCAUGGACGAGGGAAAACUUUAUGGCCAAGAUUAACUGGCUCAAUGUCAUUUUGACAGUGGCUGUCCCAGUCUUUGGUAUUAUCCAGGCCAUUCUCUCGCCACCACAAUGGAAAACACUCGCAUUGGGCUUUGUCCUCUAUGUUUUUAGCGGUAUCUCCAUUACUGCUGGGUACCACCGUCUUUAUUCACACAAGUCUUAUGACGCAGCAUUACCAGUGAGAAUGUUUUUCGCCUUUUUCGGCGCUGGUGCCAUUGAAGGUUCCAUCAAAUGGUGGGGCCACUCCCACCGUGUCCACCACAGAUAUACCGAUACCCCAAGAGACCCAUACGAUGCAAGAAGAGGAUUUUGGUACAGUCACAUGGGAUGGAUGUUGAUGAAGGCAAACCCAAAGAAUAGAGCAAGAGCAGACAUUUCAGACUUGACUGCCGACUGGGUGGUUAGAUUCCAACACAGACACUAUUUGAUGAUUAUGCUCGUUGCCGCUUUUGUUACACCAACCUUGGUUGCCGGUUUAGGAUGGGGCGACUACUGGGGCGGAUUUAUUUAUGCUGGUAUCUUUAAAUCCUUUUUCAUCCAACAAGCUACCUUUUGCGUCAAUUCGUUGGCCCACUGGAUCGGCGUACAACCAUUUGACGAUAGAAGAACUCCAAGAGACCAUGUAUUGACUGCAUUUGUUACCUUUGGAGAAGGUUACCACAAUUUCCACCACGAAUUUCCAAGUGAUUAUAGAAAUGCAUUGAAGUGGUACCAAUACGACCCAACAAAGGUUAUCAUUUAUGCCUUGUCCAAAUUGGGCCUUGCAUGGAACUUGAAGAUGUUUUCACAAAAUGCUAUUGAACAAGGUUUGUUGCAACAACAGCAAAAGAAGUUGGACAGAAUGAGACAAAAGCUCAAGUGGGGAUCAAGUGUCGAGGACUUGCCAGUAUGGACGAGAGAGGAGUUCCACGCAAGAGCCAAGGACGAAGGAUUGAUUAUCAUCUCGGGAAUUAUCCACAAUGUCAAGCUGUUUAUCAAGGAACACCCAGGUGGACAAGCCUUGGUUAGAGCCUCACUCGGAAAGGAUGCCACUUCUGCAUUUAGCGGUGCAGUUUACGCACACUCCAAUGCAGCACACAAUUUAUUGGCUACAAUGAGAGUCGCAGUGGUGAAAGACAUUGCCCAUGACGGUGACACCUUCCAUGUACAAGAGGUGAUUAUGGAAAAGGAAAAACAAAGCUAG